AUGUCUGGCAACCACGUCUGUUACGUCGAGGAUGCCGAGGAGGAUUCUGGUAGCUCCGUCGCUGCCGAGGGCAUUCAAGGCACUCGCCGGUAUGCUGUCUCUGAAGCCCCGGGCCCCUCGAGCCCUCCCAAGGAGCGUCCCAACACUGGAAAGUCUCGUGGUGAAUCUAGGCGAUAUUCCAGUCGAAGGCAUGUCUCCCCUCCUAGCGACGACUUCUCUGACGAGGAACCUGCUCCUCCCCCUCGUAGGGAAGAGCGUCCUCGUCGAGAUUAUGAACGUGAACAACAACGUGAACAACGUGAAAAGGACCGUCGCCGCAAGGAGAGAAAACAGAAAGAGGCUGCUGAGCAGCAACAACGAAAGGUUCGAGCUGAAGCCAAACCGUCAAGGGAGCAGAGAGAGCCGAGGGAGCAGAGAGGACCAAGAGAGCAAAGGGAACAGAGAGAGCAGCGUGAUCCGCGUGACCCUCGUGAGCUGCGUGAGGCCAAACCUGUGAGAAAGCCUCGACCAACAUCUCUUACUCAUACCAAAACCGAGCCUGUUGUCCAACAAUACCGUCGAGGUCGUGUUGAGGAUCCUUCAUGCUAUGGUGUCCAGCAGCCUGCAGUAUCAGGUAUGCGCCCCCGCGCCCAAACCCGACCUCACAGUUAUUAUCCGGGCCAGACUGGUCCUCCAAUCUCGAAUGUUAGCUGGCACCAAUCCCAGCAUUCUCAGCCCUCUUUCCCUGUUGGAUCAUUCCCACCGCCGCCGCCCCUUUUCCCUGGAGGACAAUCCCCAUCCGUGAGCGGCCUUGCAUCUUCGCCUGGCCCUGGCGCUGGAACGCCAGGGUUCUUCGACAUGAGUUCGCAGCAGGCAAGCGCUCAUCUCAGGAACCGUUUUGAGCGACCAGCUUCCUCAAUGGGCUUUCGGCAACAGCAGCCAUCACCAUCCAAUGUCGGCUAUCCUCAGGACGAAUACGAAGAAGAGGAAUUACCUGAUCCUCGCCUCUUACGGCGUGCUUCCCGUUCUAAAAGACCCCAGCAGAUCGAAGAGGACCGCAGGCGCAUGCCUCCUCCCGAAAGUAUUCCAAGACCUAAAUCUGCCAUGCCUCCCCCAACUACUCCUUUCCGCGCCCCACCUCAGAUACUGGCUCGACAAAAGACGAGAACUCCUUCACGCCCGCCCCCAACUGGCCGCAGCCGUGUUGGGUUUGCUGAUCAAGGUUAUGAUGAGGACGAGUAUACGGAUAGUCCCGGGCUUUUCGCCGACUCUCCUGAAGCCAACUUUGAUCGUCGCACAGCCCUGGCACGCACUCGCCGUGAUUCUAUCGCAUACGAGCAGCAUGGUGUUGACAUUGUACCUGCUCGCAAUCGACGUGGUUCUGUGGCAUAUGAACAGCAUGGAGCUGAUAUUGUUCCUGCUCGUAAUCGACGUGGCUCUGUUGCAUAUGAGCAGCGUGGGAUUGAUAUUGUGCCUGCACGCACUCGCAGAGAUUCUUACUACGAACAUGAUCGUUCUCUUGGUGGCGGCGGCGUCAGCUUGGAAGACGACGAGGACAAGUACCUGGACGCCAUGCGAUAUCAAGACGACAUGAAUGGCGGCCCCGCUAUGCCUUUAACUGCCGAAACUCUCCGCAAAGCCAGCAACCCUAGGCUAGGUGGCGGAAGCAGUCGUAGCAGUGGCAGCCACGACGAUAGCGAGUACAAACGAAGCAACACUACUGGUCUCACCCGUUCUUCCUCCAGCGAUACCGACAAUGUCACUAUCAAGGUUUCAGGCUCGGCCGUUGUGCGAGUAUCAGGUGCCGAGAUUGAGUGUGGUGACGGAGGCGAGAUUACCUUUUCCAGGCCCAAUGGCGGCUCCCGUGUUGGUAGCGACCGUGCUAGCAGUUAUUACCAACUCGAAGAUGUCCGAAGCCGUGUUGAACAAAAGGCCCUUCCCUAUCGGCCGCAUACUCCCAGUCGUUCUGAUUCGCAUCAUCGCGGCUAUUCUGGAAACCAUGCCCCAUAUGAUCCAUCGUUUGCCAUGGACGACUACAUUUAUUGA